AUGCUCCCCAGGGUCUGGACUUAUUUGGCCGUGUGCUUUGCUUUGCUGUGGCAAUGCAGCAUCGCCGGUCCGCUCGUAGCCCGUCAAUCACCGUUGCGCCUCACCGGAACGUGCAACGUCCUCGCGCGCUCUCUGCUCUGGAACGUGUCAGCGGUGCUCGAGAUGGCCCACUUGUUCAGCGGGUUUGACUGCACACAGCAGAACGCAGAGGUGCACAUCAGGACACAAACGGUUUCUGCGUGCACACCACAGAACUCCAACUGCGCUCACAGUGCUGAUCUAAAUAUUGACGAGAAUGAAUGCCUACAGAGAAUUCUAGAAGAUCUCCACUACUAUCGGGAGACAUUUAGAGCCUACUCCAACUCAGAGCUCACCAAAUCUGUAGUUAAGAGCAUUGAUGAACUCAUGCAGAACUGCUUCUCUGUCUCUGCGAUGGACAACUCUCCGGCCAAGGCGUCCAUGGAUCAUCAAAAAUCUUUUCAAGAACGACUGCAGCUGUGCAAAGUCCUAAAGGGUUUCAACCUUCGAGCAAUAACAAUAAAUCGUGUUUUCAACUACAUUUUGUCAAAGUAGCAAACUAGCAGUUGUCACAAGCCGGUCUCCUUUUCGUUUUAAGGUGUUAUAAAAAGCAAUGAUUAUUUAUUAGUAAGUUAUUUAUUGUAUUUAAACAUUAUUUAUUAAUGCAAUAAUGUAUGCUAUUUAUUUUUUUGUCAACUUGAUUUGUUUCUUGUUGUUUUAUUAAAG